UUAUCCAUCGUUCAGCCCUUGGAGUGCGCAGCAUGCAGAGAGAUUGUUGAUGAGAGAAAGAGAGAAAGAGAGUAAGGAGAAACCAUGCAGUAUCUGAGGCAACCCAGUGAGCCCAGUGACCGAGCCUGACAACCUGAUCCCCCCGGACAACCAGGGAACAGCAGUCUGGUCAACCACAAGACCCGGUGACACACACACAUCUCCAACUGGAGAAAGAGAGAGAAAAAGAGAAAAAGAGAGAAAGAGAGGGUAGACACCCAGAUGUGUGAGAGAGAGCAGAGAGAAGGAGAUGCUCAGAGGGACCGGACAGUGACCAGGAAGGAGACCAUAGGAAGAGAGAGAAAGGAGUGCGGCCACUGACAGAACACCUGGGGUUGUAUUGAAAUCUGGAUUGUUUGUAAAGUGGUGUUUGACUUUUGGUUCUGUGCUUCUGUUAAUCUGAGAGACAACAGGAGUUCUGAGAGAAAGUUCUGUGUUACGUCCUGCCUACAGUACUGCCUCUUUGUGGAAGCACUGCGCUACACGACUGCUACAGGUGUUCUGAAGAGGUCAAAAUAUUCACCAAAGAGAAGGAGCACAGAAAUAGGACAGACACAUAGAAAGGAACAUAGAAAGAACACAGAAAGGAACAUAGAAAGAACAUACAUUUAGUAAGAAAGAAAAAAUACUUCAGAAAAGCCCAGAAGAACAAAGAGGGUAAGAGAGAGAAUAACAGGUCUAGAGACAGACAGAAACAGAUAGACGAAAAGACAGGAUGGCGAACUCGGGUUUCCAGUUGCUAGGUUACUUCCUGGCAUUGGGUGGUUGGAUAGGCAUCAUCUCCACCACUGUGCUGCCCCAAUGGAAGCAGUCUUCGUACGCGGGUGACGCCAUCAUCACGGCUGUGGGGCUCUACGAAGGCCUGUGGAUGAGCUGUGCCUCACAGAGUACAGGACAGGUGCAGUGCAAGGUGUUUGACUCCAUGCUGUCACUGGACGUGCACAUCCAGACGUGUCGUGCUCUUAUGGUGGUGUCCGUGCUGCUGGGCUUCAUAGGAAUGAUAGUGAGUGUGGUGGGGAUGAAGUGCACUAAAGUGGGCGACAACAACCCCAUCUCCAAAGGACGCAUAGCUGUGUCUGGAGGAGCCCUCUUCCUGCUCGCAGGUCUGUGCACCAUGGUGUCUGUGUCCUGGUACGCCACUCAGGUGUCCUAUCAGUUCUUCAACCCAAACACGCCAAUCAAUGCCAGGUAUGAGUUUGGGUCUGCCCUGUUCGUGGGAUGGGCGGCGGCUAGCUUGACUGUUUUGGGUGGAUCCUUCCUGUGUUGCUCCUGCUCCAAUGAGGAGAGGCGAGGGCAGCAGUACUACCGCCAAUCACAACCAUCCACAGCCAGGGAGGCAGAGUUGUUGAGUGAGACUAGUUUCCCUGACUGACCACCCCCUGCCUUUUUUCGAGGACUGUCCGAGUUACGCUCACUGUUUCCCCUUUCCCUGUUCCUUCCUAGAUUCAAAAUGUGGACCCUUGUCUCUCCGCUAUAGCAUAUGUCGCACCCCUCUACCUCCCUCCCACCAGCCCCACACUCCCUUCCUUAAUGUCUGCACCUUAUCUGUCUCUGAUAUUAAGUUAUCGGUCAACAAAUUUCCACCACACCUUUAAGAGCUUGCCACUCCCCUUUCCCUCACCCCCUUGAGGUUGUUUGUAAAUAGGGACUCUGAAAGGAGAAGUAUGGUUAGGUGAUUAGACCCCACCUUUCAGACUAGAGGGGUGGCAUUACUGUAUUUCGUCCUGUGAACCCUUUACUAGAAACUCCAUAUUGUCCUUUUAUCGUUUAUUUACUGAACUUUAAUUGUAUAGGUAAGAUUUGUCAUGUCAUGUUUUGUUGAUUUCUGCUUCACUGAUAUCCUAUGAUUUCUGGGUUUGUAGAUAUGUGCCUUUUGGUUUUGUUCUCUGAGAAUACAAGUGUACAUUUACUGAAACAUGUUUUUUUCUUUUAAAUUGCAGACCAAAUGUUAAAAGUUCCCCACCAGAGAAAAAGGAGGAAUACUUAUAGUGUGGGCGACUCCUUUGGCCCCACGAUGUGUUAGAUUGUUGGCAAAAGGCAAGACACUGUCUAACAGAAAAAGACAAGACACUGUCUCAAUGAAAACAAAAGCAGACAAGACACUAGGAAAC